CAUUGAACAAGAAGCUAUACAAAUAACACAAUCUUUCACUUUUGUUUUUGUCUCUUCCCCAUAGUAUCUUUGUGGAUUGUCAACGCUCUCUGAAAGAGGUGCCCAAGAAGCUUCCUUUUCUCUCUCUCUCUCUCUCUCUCUCUCUCUCUCUCUCUCUCUCUCUCUCUCCAAUGGCACGACAAAUCUCCUCUCUUUAAAAAACGAAAAACACUUCUACCAAAGAUCUGUCGUUACCAGUUUACCACUAUCUCACUUUCCUAUUCUCUCUUCUCUGCAUUUACUUAAAACCUCAAAUUCAAUCUUUUUCCUGGAAAAAUCUCCCUUUUACCUCUCUCUUUUGCAUUCCAAAUCGAAAUCCCACUUACCAAAACCCCAAAGCUCGAAACUUUACACUGAUCUGAAGCCUUAGAAAAAAUGGGAUUCUCAGCUGGAAAAAGAAAAUCAAGAGAUGAACAAGACUACACAGUAACCUUAGCUUCCACCGCUUUCCCCAUGGACGAACUCAGCGACGACGUCCUCGAGAGAGUUCUCUCAUGGCUACCAACUUCCUCUUUCCUCCGCGUGACCUCCGUCUGCAAGAGAUGGAAAUCAACCAAAACCUCAAAAAGCUUCAACCUUGCCUGCUCCCAAGUCCCUCUUCGAGACCCUUGGUUCUUCAUGAUCACCAACGACUCAAAUUCUUCAACUUUCGUAUACGACUCAACAGAUAACAGCUGGAAAAGCCUCAACCAUAACCGCAACCGCCGCGAUUUCAUUCCAGUAGCUUCCUCUGGCGGCUUGCUCUGUUUCAGAUGCUCUGUUUCUGGCGGCUUCCUCCUCUGUAAUCCCAUCACUGGAUCUUCUCGUGACCUUCCUUCUCCAAUCUCUGAUGAUUACAGCAAGCCUCUCCAAGCUGUUGCCAUGACUGCUCUCACUCCUUCCAGCUACAAGCUCGUUACAAUCUCUGGAGAAGCCCCAAACCUCUGUUUCCAAUUCUAUGAAUCAGAUUCAGGUUCAUGGAGUAAAGAGUUGAACUUAGUGAAGAAGAACGAUGGAGAUGAUGAGUACAAUGAUUCAUCAGAUGAUGAGACUGGAACAGUCUACUUUCUUAGCAAGACAGGACACGUGGUUGUAGCUACUAACAAUCUCCAGAGAAGUCCCUCUAAGCAGUACUCUUCUGUUAUAACCGUUAAAGACAAUGCAGAAACCGUCUACUUCCUCAGCUCUCAUGGAACCAUCAUAGCUUGUGAUCUCACCAACAGAUGCUUCACCGAGCUACCUAAGCUUCUUCCUCCGUUCCUUGAGUAUUCCAUCGACUUGGUGGAAUGCAAUGGAACCAUGUUUGUGGUUCUUCUCUCUGAGUUCUACGAAAGCGCUAGCUUGAGGAUCUGGAAGCUAGAGAACCAGAGUUGGGUUCAUGUCGGGAUGUUGCCUCCUGCUAUGUCUCAUGAGUUGUACGGGAGAGAAGGAGACAUAAACUGUGUUGGAGGAGCUGGAAACAAGAUACUUGUCUGCUUCAACACCAAUCCUCCUGAGGUGUAUUGUAGAUACUUUGUGUAUGACUUAGUUGCAGAACAGUGGAGUGAGUUACCAAAAUGCUUCAAGGAUGGAGAAGCUGUUGAGUUCGUUUCUGCUCUUUCGUUCCAGCCGCGGAUCGAAGCAACAGUUUGAAGUUUGAUUAGGCUUAAGUGAUUUGUUUUUGUAUUCUUUUCAGGAUAAUGCAAUGUAACAAGUAUUAAAUUAGAACAUGAAUGAUUUGUA